AUGACACGCAAGACGGCAAAGACCAACUCAAAGAAUGGCUGCGUUACUUGCAAGAUUCGACACGUUAAAUGCGGGGAGGAAAGGCCAACCUGUGUGCAAUGCACGAGCACCGGACGAAAGUGCGAUGGCUAUGUGGAUGCAUCGCAGAGACAGCUACGUCGACGCCGUGAAGGACCUAGUCUCCCACUUAAGGUGUCUCCUGAGUCUCGGCUAGUUCUCGUACCUGGCACACGACAGGAGCGUGACUUUCUCAACAUGUUCUCUACUGAGACCUGCCACUCUCUAUCCGGGCUCUUCCACUCCGAUUUAUGGCUUUAUUAUAUCCCCCAGCUCAGCCAGACUCAACCGGCUAUUCGUCAUGCGGUUGCGGCUGUCAGCGCCGCCCACAAGUGCCUCUUGGCGCCUGUGACCGAAACCGAAAAGACUUCCAACUUCGCACUGGAACAAUAUAACAAGGCGAUCCGUGCCCUGUUGGACAGCAGUCACCCACGUUUCAGUAAUUUGGAUCUUACAUUGAUCACUUGCGCUCUGUUCGUCUGUCUUGAAACUGUUACCGGCAAUAAUCCUCAAGCGAUGGAUCAUGCCCAAGCAGGACUCCGCAUCCUGGCUCGACGGCAAGGCACACCUGGCGCUCCAGACCCUGAAUUCCCAAUAAGCGACGGUAUCAAUAGAGAGCUAUCCGACCUUUUUUCUUUGUUGAAUAUCGAGUGCAGUACCCGCGGUCGAAAGAUGAUUCCCUACAAAGCUCAUAUGGAGCAACCAACUCAGUCGGACAAAAUCAAGUUCACCACCAUACUACAAGCAAGAAGAGCUCUGGUACACAUAACGACUCCAUCCUUCCAGCUUGUUCAGCGCAUAACGUCCUUACCACAAAACGUCUCGGGGCUCGAGCAGCAAGAGCGCUUCCAAGAACAACAAAGGCUGAGGAAAGAACACAAUGAAUGGUGGAUAGCAUUCCAACAACUCCAAAAACGCCGACCAAAAUCCCGAGCAGGAGCAUCAACAGACCCGCGUGCACCUCUGGUCCUUAUAGUCCAACACCAUGCCACAGCUAUCUUGAAUGAAACUCUCCUACGCCAGGACGAGAUGAUCUAUGACAAUUUUGUUUCCGAGUUCGAAGAAAUGGUCGAAGCAGCGGAGAAAAUCUCAGAGCUUUCCCCAAAGAACGGCUACAGGCAGACAUAUAACCUGGAGCCUUACGUUGGUCUUUCCCUAUACUGGGCAGCCAGAAAAUGCCGCCAUCCUUUAAUAAGGCGGAGAGCUGCAGCAGUCAUCAGAGCAUCUCCACAGUUGGAUUCUAUGCAUGACUUAGAGGUGCUUUACCAUACCGCGAUAUAUAACAUCGAAAGGGAAGAAGCUUCUGUGGCACAUCUUCCUGUGGAACACAGAGUUCCCGAAUGUCAAGAUCGGUUCUGGGAGACCUUCAUGCCCAAUGAAAAGCAUUCCAACCCUUGCCAGAUAAUUUUCGUUCGCAAAGAGGGCGCGGAGAGUGAUUAUAAGAUGGAGGAAGAUUAUGUACAUUGGUAA